CGGAAGUAAAACAUAAAACGCGGGAAAUUGAAAUACAUUCACAGCAAGUUACAAAGUCAACAUUUUAUAAAUGUUUUGUUGGGUUACUAUGUCUGGUAUGCGGUAAAAAAGCAUCAUGCAGAAAACAAAGAGGAAGAACUCUGGUGCUUCAGACCAGAGUAAACGUAAGCGGAGGUGUGCCGAUCAGACAGAAGAUGACGUAUACAGUGACAAGUCUGUCUUUUGUGAGAUGCUCAACAAGGCAGGAUUUAUUCUCACUAAUGGAAAGAAAAACAAUGAAAUAGGAGUUGACCAGGCUGUGUUACAAAGGAGUUUGAACCUGGCUUUGAAAAGACGCAACAGUUAUCCCGAUGUUUUGGAAGAUUUUUUGCAAGGAUUUCAAGACUAUAUUGAAAAUGUUUCACGAUUCUACAAAAGUUUGAUGCCAACUCUUACAUCGGUGGAAUGUGAAAGUGCUCGGUCGUCCACUCAGAACAGUCUGGUUAGAAUCCUGCUUGGUAUGGAUAUAAUACAGCCCAAGCUUGUGACUCUGUUGUUGGAGAAACUGCCAGAGUUUGUAGGAGAUGACGAUAAUAUUUUUGAAGAAGGAGAAAAGGUUUUCCUUCCACGUCUUCUACUAAGUCAGUUCCGAUGGCUGGAUCGUAUCAUCUGCAGCAAGGAUCUCACUGUGAAACUGCUAGAGAUUAUUGAAGUGACAUCGUUUGACGUUCAGAGAGAAAUCAUCUCUUGUUUACCAGAGAUUGUAGAAGAUUCUGAACACAGUGAUGUAGCUAAGACCCUGAGGGAUAUCUUACUUCAAGGAAACCAGCUGACUGUUCCAAUUCUCGAUGCUCUGUCUAACUUGGCACUCAAACCAGAUUUACUGACUGAGGUUCGCGGCUCGGUGAUGCAGACUCUGGAUUCCGUGGAGAUGAAAGAUCUACCAGUGGUUGUCAAGUUUCUCUUACAAACGGCCACAUCCCAGGAUGCUCUAGAGGUUGUUUCCGAGAUUAGAGCAAACCUCAGUUUUAAGUCCAGUAAUACACAGAAGAAGGGGACCAGGCCAGGUUCCGAGAGUGAUGUCACAAAGGACAAUGAGGCGCUCACUCUCGAUGCUAUCAAAGCGGGAAUCCGCUUCCAAAAGAGUAUUGCUGAAGCCUGGAUCAAGGCAAUUGAUUCGCUGAAGUCCCCUGCUGAUCACAAGGUGAUAGAUAUUUUUGUUCUGCUCAUCUUACAUUCUACAAAUCGACGGAAACCAGUUGAGAGUCUUUUUCGGAACAAGAUUCGAACCAGUGCAUUCACCGAAGUCCUUUUGCAUGCUGCAUUUGAGUCCCAUGGGCAGAUCCUGCGAGACUACUUCCCGUCCAUCUUAUCUAUUGCGGAGGUUUUACUGCGAUCACCUGAACCAGGAAUUCUGUAUUUCGCCUGUGCUAUGUACAAACAGGCUUUCAGCACCUUCGAUACAUUCUGUCAACAGGAGAUCGUGGGCAAUCUGGUAACUCACAUUGGGAGUGGUUUUGAGAGCGAGAUUGACUCAUCUCUCGACAUUCUUGUUGACCUGGUACAGAACCACCUGGCUAGCAUGGCGCCAUUCAGCAUUUUUGUCAAGGGAGUCCUUGACUAUUUGGACAACUUGUCGGUGAUUCAGAUUCGUAAGCUGUAUGGUAUGUUGAGUCAGCUGGCCUUUCAUAAUCCUCAAGAUGGCGGUCUUGUUCAGGAUGAUCUUCAUAUGGUGAUUAGAAAGCAGCUAUCUAGUGACAACCCAAAGUAUAAGAAAAUGGGUGUUAUUGGAGCUAUAAUGGUUUGCAAGAGUAUAGCAUUCACAGGGAAUCAGUCUGACGAGACCCUACCCUCUGACCUGUCCAAACAAGUGAUCAGCCUGCUACAACUGGUUCGAACCAGCAGCAGCCGGAUGCCGGUCGCAGCAGCUCUCUUCAUGGAUGAGUUGUCGGCCAUUGUUGGUCUGGGACAGAAGGAGUCAGAAGUAGAAACUUGGAUUGCAGAUAAUGUGAUCGCAGACUUUCAAGAUGAUUAUGUGGUAGAUAUAGAAGAAGAUAAACUGACAUCGACAUCUGCAGUUCCGCUGGCGGUGUUGUACGGGCUUAACGAUGAACAGGACAGUACGAUCGCCAUUGAUCUUCUACCGCUGGUCAUCAAAACUCGCUCAAACAAGUCAAACAACGAUCUAAACAGGAAGAUCCCAGACCCGCUGUGUUUGUGUCCACAUUUCCGUCUCGUUCAGAUGUGUGAACGACACCAGCAGGAUGGAAACCUGGAGGGGAUCGAUGCACUUCUAGGGUGUCCACUGUAUACAGUGAAGGAAGAUGCUAUUGCCAAAUUUGAAUCUCUCUCAGACAAAGCUGGUGAAAUGUUAUGCUGUACAUUGUUCCACAACCUGAAUUGGUUUAGAAGGAUCAUCAACUGCUUUGCCACCCAGACUGACCCAGAAAUGAAGGGCAAGGUCAUCAUGCGACUUCAGAACAUCACAGACCUGCAGAAAAAGCUGAUGAAAUGUUUAGCUGCAACACAACAGUUUCAGCCACCUCCGGCUAAUUUUGACCUUGAAGAUCAAAUGUUAAAGGUCAGCAGUGACACUGCAGAGGUCAAAAAGAAAGGCAGAAAGUCAGGGAAAAAGAAAGCUAAGGGAAAAGAAGAGAAGGAAAAUGUUGAUGAUUCUGAUGAAGCAAGUCGUGAUUCAACACAGAUGGAUACUGAUAAAGGCAGCCCAAAAGAAUCCCAGAAUGCAGUGAAGUCUGACAACAAAGAAGAAAUCUGUAUUAGUCUGGGAAACUAUCGCCAAUACUUCAGGGAGCUGGAUAUUGGCGUGUUCACUGUACUCAACACUGGACUUAUCUCAUGCGCUGCCCUGGACUCCGACCUCAACACAAAGGCAGUUACCAGUCUACAGAUUAGCCCGCCACAACUGGAGUUCCUUCUCGACGACCUCUCACAAAAACUUAAUCAUUCUCUGAUAGCGUCGGCCAGCAAACGAAGAACUUUCCUCAAAGUGAAAGGAAAUAAAAAUGCUGGUUUUCACCACCUGGAUCAGUUGUCUCGUGAUGAAAUCGCUGGGAAGGCUGUUCAGCUGCUGCCAGCUUUGUGCAACCACCUGGAAGCAACCAGUGCAUUUUUCCAGACAAUGAUUAAUGACAACGAUGGUCUGAUUGAUGGUCCGGGGUACGACGGUGACGAUGCUGUUCUCAUGACAUCGUGUUUCCAUCUUCUUCUACAGUCACUGACGUCCCUGUUUUCAUGGAAUGGUUUUCUUGUGACUGAGAAUCAGCCGUUGCUGAAAGAAGCUCUGUGUAUUCUUGUUGGGAGAAUUAAAACUUUAGGUUCCACACAGGUGUCUUUCCAGGAUCUUGUCAGCAUUGUGUUUCAGUAUCUAGAGAACUUCGCAGCCACAGUUCCCAACAUAUCCACAGCUGUUACCCUUAUCAAACUGCUUGGUGCUCUCACGGCCAAGGUGGACAACCAGAAACUGUCCAGUAAACUAGGGGGUCACGCGGAGACAUUUCUAAAACGUGAAUGGAUCGGUGCCGAUGGAGAGAAGGAGAAAGGAGCUAAACACAAUGACAGUUUACAGAGUAUUAUCAAAACCUAUCUGACGUACUCUGACGAUCCUCUAGUGGCAGCAGAAACUAUCACUACCAAAGGAUUCUCUGAGCUGAUAGAAUCUGAUAAAAAAGGAUGCUCCAAUACUUUUGCAUCUCUCAAUCGGUGGAGUUUUCCGGUGUUUUUUCGUGUUGUGUUCAGUGAGUUGAUCACUUACAUCAAGUCGAUGCAGCCAGUGAAGAGCAGUGAUUCCAGGGAGGUCAAAGUUGAUGUGCUGAUUCGAUGGAACAUAGCUGUGAGAAUCCUACAUAUUUUGGUGAACUUGAUCAAGACUUUUGAUGGCAGAUCUAUUGUUGGUGCUGCACUUAAGAAUGGUCGUCUUUUUGUGGAUGUGUUCUUGCGUAACGGAAUGCCUGUUCUCGACAAAAUGUUCCGUACAAAUCGCGAAGAAGUUCAGUCGUUGUUGAAGAACUUUCAGUUGAGCACUCGCACACUUCAUCACCUGUCAAGUCACUCAAAGAUUAUUCGAGAUGUGUCCCUGACCAAUCAAGUGCCACUAUUGAAGCGAGCACUAGAGCAGUUUGUGUAUCGUGUGAAAGCCAUGUUAACAGUGAACAACUGCCUGGAAGCGUUCUGGCUGGGAAAUCUCAAGAACAGAGACCUGCAGGGAGAUGAGAUCUUGUCGCAGGUUUCCGAAGUUUCAGAAAAUGGAGAUAAGAGUGACAACGAAGAAGAGGAAGUGCCAGAUGAUGAGGACAGUGAAGUGGAAAUGGAUAAUGUAAGCGAGGCUGGUCAAGAGAAAACUGACCAAUCUGAUGAAUCUGAUGACCAAUCUUGUAGUGACGUAUUUUAACCCAAGUGAAGAAAACACUCCACAGAAGCCAGUAGUUUAUGACCAAUACCUGGACUUGAUGUACAGAAUGCAGGCUCUUAUAUUGAUCCAUGGAUACGAUGCUGUCCCAGUGGUGCCGAUUCUUUGAUGACUCGACUCAACAAGUGUUGUAAAAUACACUAGUAAAUAUUUACAUGUAGCUGUGAUAGCUCCAGACAAACAUGAAGGGUUUUGACCAUGGUGGUUGACACUGGUUGAGCCCCAACUGUCAACUCAAAAGUCAACCAAUACUUUUGUUGCUAAUGACCACCACUGGCAUAGAUGUUUAACUUUGUAGGCAUCUUCAGCAUGUAAUUUCCACUACUCAUUUGUAUGCAAGUGGAUAGAAAUUUUUCUGUACUGGAAUAAUGUGCAGUUCGGAUAUAUACAGUGGUGAACGUCAUGAACUCCUUAGAUAAAACAGUUUUCUUUUCAUCAUGACAGUGAUCUAAAACUACAUCUUGCAAAUUAACUCCGAUAGCCGAGUAACAAUUCGUCCUCACUUUUGUUUUUGCUUCUCAAAAGAAAACAAUUUCAUAUUGGGAUAAUGACUUUAUUUACAGAAAAUAAGAAUCAUGUAUACUAUGUAUUUGAGAUGAACCGAGUGAUGUGUUCUGGAUGAACUAUGACACUAAUAAUGCUACAUCUUAUGUACAGUAAUUGCAGACAGAAUCCCACUAGCUCCUGCAGGUGUAGAAUCUCAACAAGAACAGGAAUCGGGGCAUGUGGAGAUUGAUGAGCCAUAAUUACAAAAUGGACAAUAAUUCAUUAUACAAUGUAUUGAGACAGAAAUACAUUGUGGUUGCUAAGCAAUUCAUGAUAUUGUGGUCAUAGAAAAAAUAGGUCAAACAAAAAUGUUACAAA